AUGGCUGCCAUAGAUGCGGGAAGGGGAAGUUUGGUUAAUUUGUUGACGAGAUGUGGAGCACGAUAUCAAGGAUAUGUCUCCCGUGUGGACUCUCCCGAAUUCAUGAUUGCCCUCACUGAUGUGAAAUGCUUUGGAACCGAAGGGAGAAGAUUGGAUGGACAAGAGUAUGCUGGAAGUGAGAGAAUCUAUGAAUUCAUUAUCUUCCGUGGAAGUGAAGUCCUAGAGCUACAAUUUUUAACUUUGCCACCGGCUCAUCAAAUUGGGUUUGUGCCAAAUUAUAUGGCUGGAUCUAUGGCUCAUCAAACUAGCACAUCUACACUGUUGCCAAUGCAAAACCCUGGUGCUGGGACUGCAACAGUCACUGGAUUGCAACAUCCUCCAUUGUUGUCUGUUGGUCCUAGUUCCAGUUCAGGACAGUAUGCUACACCAGAAUCAAGUCUUCAAACGGAGCUACAAUUUUUAAAUUUGCCACCUGGUCAAAUUGGGUUUGUGCCAAAUUAUAUGGCUGGAUCUAUUGCUCAUCAAGCUAGCACAUCUACACUGUUGCCAGUGCAAAAUCCUGGUGGGACUGCAACAGUGGCUGGAUUGCAACAUCCUCCAUUAUUGUUGCCUGUUGGUCCUGCUAAUUCCACAAAUUUGUAUCCUCCAACUACGCAUUCCAGUUCAGGACAGUGGGCUACACCAGAAUCAAGCCUACAAACGGAGCUACAAUUUUUCAAUUUGCCACCGGCUCAAAUUGGGCUUGUGCCAAAUUAUAUGGCUGGAUCUAUUGCUCAUCAAGCUAGCACAUCUACACUGUUGCCAAUGCAAAAUCCAGGUGGGACUGCAACAGUGGCUGGAUUGCAACAUCCUCCAUUGUUGCCUAUUGGUCCUAGUUCCAGUUCAGGACACUGUGCUACACCUGCAGAAUCAAGCCUACAAACGGCUUCUCAGCCAGUUUCUCAAUCAUUUCCUACUCCAAGUGCACUUGGUGGUCUUCUUCCAACACCUCAACAGGGUCGUCUGCCAACACCACCACCUCAGGGCUCGAGUGGUCGUGGGAGGGGUUCUGUGGCAUCUGGCCAAGGCCGUGGCAAACAACUAUGGCGCCGUCGUGCCGAAAGAUAA